GAAAUGUGAGAUUAUGCACCAUACAUACAAACACACCGAGGUUGAUUGGGUUGCACAUCGUCCAACGUGACAGACAAAUUAACUGCGCUCUGGUCGAGAUUAAACGGUCAUGGAUCGGAGAUGAUCGAGAAUCACCAGAUCUGGCAGUUUGUCCUGCCAAGUCUCCCAGAUAGUCAAUAUACUUUUGAAAUGUCUCGUAUACAACUUGUUUGAUAUAGCCUGGACUCGGCUGGACUGACUGGAUGGACCCCUUUUUAAUCUGGUUCUGGUUAUUAGCUCCACAGCCAAGUCUGGGUGUUUUGUAUAGAAAUGCUACUCUGUAUAUAAGGGUGUAUCUGUAUACGAAAGUAGACUCAUCUAUCCAACCCAAUAACCAUCAAAAUGCAUCUCUCCAAAAUCCUCCUCCCCCUCCUCCCAAUCACACUCACUCUCGCCUCCAAUCCCAAUCCCAAUCCCAAUCCUGUCGUCCCCCGCGCCCCCGAAAGCACCGGUGGUCUCCUCAACGACCUCCCCGGCAUCAUCGACGGCGUGAAAGAUAUCCUCAGCCAAGACACAAUCGAGGACCUCCAAGUCAUCAUCAAAGGCGGGGCGACCCUUCUGGGUGGCGAUACGCCGCAGAAUCUAAAGGAUCUCCUGUCGAAGGAUAAUCUCAACCAGUUGCAGGAUAUCAUCACGAAUGCGCAUGGCUUGCUCUCGGCGAAGUUUGUGAAUAACACCGAGACGUUGAUUGAUGAGGCUACUCCGCUGGUGACUGAUGUUUCGAAAUUGCUGAGUGCGAUUUUGUCGACGAUUUUCGAGUGA